AUGUCAGACAUGGAUCUUGAACAAGGCUUGCAAGAGGUCGCAAACGCUAUGCGCGAAGACAUCUCCCAAAAGCGGAAGCGGGAUUCUGAAUCAGCUGAUGACACACGACGAGGUAACAACAAGCGUAUCUCACCCAACAAUGCUAGUAAGGAUCAGCAGGACGUUGAGGCGCUCCAGGAUUAUAACAACCUCCACCACCAGGCCCAACUCGACAACCACAACGGUUCAAAUCAGCAUGAGGCCACCGCUCAAGCUGCGCUCGCUGGCAUCUACCCGACUAUGACCGUUCCGCAAGCCACCGACGUCUCAUUCGCUACCCAAGAUUCCGACGGUGGUCGCGACAACCCUUACAUGGAUAACAGCCAGAAUGACGGUGGCUACUCCGGCUACGGCCAGGAACCUGUCGAGAGGAGCAGAGGCAAGCCAGCGGUUGGAUCCGACGAGUGGCAUAAGGUUCGCAAGGACAACCACAAGGAAGGCAAAGAGACCAUCAAUGAAGGGAUCAAUGAGUUGGCCAAGAUCGUCCCCGGCUGCGAGAAGAACAAAGGCUCGAUCCUGCAGCGUGCAGUCCAAUUCAUCACACAAUUGAAGGAGAACGAGACGCAGAAUAUCGAGAAGUGGACCCUAGAGAAGCUCUUGACAGAACAAGCUAUUGCUGAGUUGAGCGCAAGUAACGACAAGCUGAAGGCCGAGUGCGAACGCGCAUGGCGUGAGGUUGAGACCUGGAAGAAGACUUGUCAAAGCGCCGGUCUUGCUCCUAAGAAAGAUGAAGGACCCCUCGAAAACUAG